AUGAAUACUGCGUUCAGCUCCUUAUGUCGUACCAAGAGUCGCUAUGCGUCAGUGACUACGAUUCGAGGAGCUAGACGGCUUCCACCUCGACUGCUCUCCAGUCCAUGUUCUCCCCUACGAGGUCCAUUCCUUGCGAGACAGAUCUCAACCGAAUCUAGGAAAGGCACGAGCGGUUUUCAAAUCAAAUACGUCCUGCUUCUCUCCACCGCCGCCACACUCAGCUGGCUCCUCUACGCUCGGCAACAUGGCGCUGUCUGGCUAGACAGUGACAAGAGCUACUUCACCCACCCGGAUCCCUUAGCUCCCAACAACGGAAUUCACCAACAGAAGACGACCAACGAAAUUCAAGAUUCACAAAAAGAGACGUUCAAAUCCCUCGAAGCCGAGGACCUCCCAACUGAAAAAGCAAUCCUCACCACCGCCCCCAACGUCCCCCCACCGAUAACACGAGACUACCCAGUCAUCCUAGACGUAGACCUCACAGCGGUCGCGAAACUGGAACAACUAACAAACCAAUACAAAUACGAGAAAUGGACAUUCAACAACAGCGUCCCCGGCCCAUUCAUCCGCGCCAGGGUUGGCGACAUAGUCAAUCUGAAAAUAACUAACCACGAUGAAUCCGGCAUGCCACACAACAUAGACUGUCAUGCCUUUCUGGGCCCAGGGGGCGGCUCGGCCCUAACUACAGUCAACGAAGGCGAGACCAAGACAGCACGGUUCAGGCUCCAGAACCCUGGUCUAUACAUCUACCACUGUGCCGUAGGUCCAGUGGGCGUGCACAUCGCCAACGGCAUGUACGGACUCCUAUACGUACAACCAGAGCAAGACUUACCCCCGGUCGACAAAGAAUACUACGUAAUGCAAAGCGAGUUCUACCACGAGCCGCCCGAGCCAGACGACAACGGCCAGAUGUCAUCGACGGUCGAGUUCUCGUGGCCACAUGCGCUCCGCGAAGCAGCCGACGUGGUGGUCUUUAAUGGCAGCGAGGCGGCCCUCACCGAGAAGCCGCUCAAAGCUACGCUCGAUGAUACCGUUCGCAUUUUCUUCGGGAACGGGGGCCCGAACCUAACCAGCUCGUUCCAUGUUAUCGGGACCUGUUUUAAUAAAGUCUAUCGCGAUUCGGAUGUACUAAGUCCGCCGGGCCAGUGUGUUCAGACGGUUAGUGUGCCCCCCGGUGGAUCGACUAUUGUGGAUAUGAAGAUGGUUGUCCCCGGGACUUAUACCAUUGUGGAUCAUGCUAUUUUUCGGCUGGAGAAGGGUGCGAAGGGGUUUUUGAAUGUUUCUGGGGAGCCCAGGCCGAUGCUGUAUUAUAGUACUCUGCCGCCGCAGCCCUGUGAGGGGUUCAAUCUCAAGUAUAAAUGUUUGCCAAAUGAAGUACAACAAUUCGUGAACCUAUUGAACGACAUCAGUCAUAUAGGGACUUUCUUUAUCGGAGAGUUGAAUAAAUCAUCUACCUCGCAGUUUACCAUCUCUAUCAUAGUUAUCCCUGGCCAGAUUCUAGAGCUCUGGACGAAAUAUUUAUCGAAGCGUUCAACGCAUAAUUUUCCAGGACUCUGGCAUAUCUCUACCGAUUCUUCCUUCGUCAACACCACUCUCAUCCACCUGAGUCUGUCCUGCGUCCUGGCUGAACAACAUGUAUUCCAAUUUUAUUUGUGGGGUUCAGUGGCACAGGGCCAAUAG